UAUGAAGUAGCGGAUUAUGGACUUAUAAUACUUAUAAUUUGUUGAUUGUCUUGAAUUGUAUUACUUGUAAUUUGACUUUCGAUAAUUGGAUUAUUUGAUUGGAAUUAAUUUUGUACUUUAAAAUAGAUAUGACAUUUCAUUUAACUAGUUUAUUUAGUAAAACAUUGUCUACCUAAUAAAAAUGAUAAUACAUGUCUUAAUAAUUGGUUCGUGGUCGAAUUUAAUCCAAUAUUUCAUUAGUAUCAAUUUAAAAUUUUUAAAAUAAAUAAUAAUUAUGAUCAAAGCAAUAUUGGUGUUCAACAAUUAUGGAAAGCCUAGACUUUCCAAAUUCUAUCAAUAUUUUGUAAGUAUUCUAGAAAUUAAAUUAAAAACGUUAUAUUCAUGGUUUUUUCAAGAAAUGUCUUUACAUAACAAUAGAAUGAAGACAUGCAGCAACAAAUUAUUAAGGAAACAUUUCAGUUAGUUUCUAAACGAGAUGAUAAUGUUUGCAACUUUCUUGAAGGUGGAAGGUAAUAUGCUAAUUAAAAUAUUUUACUGAACUCACAAUAAGUACAAUCAGUACCUAAUAGAUAAUUUUAAUUAUUAGUGAUAGCUUGAUUUUAUUAAAAGAAUAUAUACUUAUUUAUUUUUUUAGUCUUAUUGGAGGAUCUGAUUACAAACUGAUUUAUCGUCAUUAUGCUACACUUUAUUUUGUGUUUUGUGUAGACUCUUCAGAAUCAGAACUUGGUAUUCUUGACUUAAUACAAGUGUUUGUAGAAACACUCGAUAAAUGUUUUGAAAACGUUUGUGAGCUUGAUCUUAUAUUCCAUGUAGAUAAGGUAAUUUGAUCCAUACACUCAUUAUUUUUAGUAAUACCUAGGUAAAACUUAAUUGUAUUAUUUCUUGCUCAUAUAAAUUAUGUAUGAUGUCAUUAUUUGUAGGUAUAUGAUUAUUAUAAAUAUUAAAUUUAACCAAAUCUAGCAAACUUAUUAUAUAAUAUUUAAAGUACAAGAAUUUUAUAAAAUUGAUUUAUGUUCCUAAAAUAUCAAAUAUUUAUUUUCUAGAUUCAUUAUAUUUUAAAUGAAUUAGUAAUGGGUGGAAUGGUUUUAGAAACUAAUAUGACUGAAAUACUUUCAAGGAUUGAAGAACAAAACAAAUUAGAGAAGCAAGAAGUGAGAAUAUUUGUAUUUACAUUAAAAUAAUUUAAAAUUAAAUUGAUACCUUAAUUCAAAAAUAUUUUUUAGGCGGGUCUAGCUGGUGCACCAUCUAGAGCAGUGUCUGCUAUGAAAAAUAUGAAUAUACCUCAACAGUUGAAGGAUAUGAAACUUCCAGAUAUUCCACAAGCUAUUAAGGAAUUAAAGUUCUGACAUUCGAGGAACAAAUUGGUUUGUGCUGAAGCCUAUCAUAACUAUACAAAUUGAUUAUGGGAGAAUGAACAAAAAUCUGGUAUUCACUGGUUAGUAACUAAAAAUAAAAUAUUGUUUUGUUUUUGUAUGUUGUUAUAACUAAUUGUUACAGUUGAGAAAUUUAUUUAUCUGUAAUUUAUCUGUCUAUGUGUAUAUAAUUAAGAUGUAAAUGGAAACUAUUAUUUUUAGUAUUUCAUCUGAUUGUUUUAAUUAUUUAUACACAAUUUGUUACUAAUUAUAUAUUUUUUCUGAAUUUAUAUUAAAUUGGUUACACAAUUUUAAUAAUUAAUUCCAUAAUAUUCAUUUUUUUGAUUCUAUAAUGUCUUACUUUAAUAAAGACAUUUUUUUUUAACUAAAACGUAUACAUCAUGUGUAAAUAACUAUAUAUAGGAUACUUUUCAUAAAUCAAAUAUGUAAAAUAUUCAAGAAAUUGUUCUAGUUAUAACUUGUAAAUAAUAAUUAUUUUUUCUCAAAUAUUUGUAUUGUAUACUUUUUUUAUGUUACUUCUAUUUUGUGAAGUUCUUAGCUGUUGAAAAUUUAUUUUAAAUAGACAUUUUUAUACUAACAUAAAUAUUAAAUUUACAUACUAUAUUAUAUUAUAUAUUUUAUAUUGCUAUUAACUAUUAUAGAAGUCUAUGAUGAUUUCAAACUAAUGUAUACAAAAUGCAUCUUAUUAUAUUUUAAACAUAUAUUUUUUCUUAUUUAAAUACAAUA